CAUGUCUAUCGUUGGAGAGAAAAAAUUCUCAAAGUCACGAUAUAUUAUUUCUCCAGAAGGCAUUCUCAAAUUGAUUGGAAUUAUUUUAAUAGUUGCUGGUGGUGCUAUUCAUCAAUUUUAUUCUGCAAUCCCCGGGCUUAUUUUCCCCAUAACAGCAGCAAGUGUUAGUUUGGGUUGCCUCCUGCUCUACCUGACCUUUGCCACGGGAAUUGUUAAAUGUGCCGUGAGAUGUUUCAACAUAUUGGACACGGUGUUCACAAUGAUGUUCUGCAUCACAUUGCUGAGUGUGUCAAUUGUGACAAUAACAUCGGAUGAUAUUCGUGUUCCAUCUGAAUAUUUGCCCAGUGUUCUGGCGAUGAUUGGAUCAGUGUGUCUUGCCACGAGUGCUUCCAUUCUAUUCAUUCGACUCAGUCGGGAGAAGGAGGCAGUUAUUGGAGAGAAUGAUGACGAUGCAACCUGUUCAGUGACAACAAUAACAACUCCCCGUCCCAGAAAAUCUGUCCUCAUUUGAUACUGUUCUUGAGAAUAAAUGAUUUUAUUGUCUU